AUGGAGUCAGUCAAUAGAACCAUAUUUAAAAUCAAUCUAAGUAGGUUCCCUUACAUUAAAUUGGAUUAGAAACUACCUUAAGAUCUUUCCUACGAAGCUUACAAAUAUGAUAAGAAUUUCUCAAAUUUUGAAUAUGGAAUGGAUGUUUAAAGAAUUCUUCAAACAAACGAAAAAACAAUGGAAAUAGAAUAUGAAGGAAUAAUACAGAUAACAGAUAAAUUGGAAGCUCAUCAAAGGCGUUUAAAUACUAAUAAAAAUGUCACUCAUCUCAAUAGAUACACAGAUAUUUUGCCAUGUAUUUUAAUUAGAGUAAUGAAUAUAGAUGAGGAUACAAGAGUUAAACUAUAAGCUCGAAAAGGUAGAGGUCCUACAGAUGAUUAUAUUAAUGCUAACUAUAUAAAUGUAAAAUAUUCCCAAAGAUUUGUAUAUCUUUAGAGUCCGAUUGGAAAUGAUUAGAGAAUUAUAGCCACAUAGGGACCUACUAAGUAUACAGUUGAAAGUUUCUGGAGAAUGGUUUUAGAGUAGAAUGUAGGACUUAUUAUGACUGUUGCAAAUGAAAAGGAGCAUGGUAAAGAGAAAUUUCUUAGAUAUUGGCCAGAAAAAUAAACCUCUACAGAGGAGGAUUUUUAGAUAGGAAACUUAUUAAUUUACAAUACUUUUGAGAGUAAUGACGAAAAAUACACUCAUCUGAUAAAAAGAAUUUUCUAUGUAAUGGAUUAAGAGACAGGCGUGAGAAAAAAAGUUGUAUAGAUGCAUUACUUAGGAUGGCCUGAUUAUGGUAUCCCAAGUAAUGAAUCACUUGAAGAUUUUAAUGUUCUGUUGUAGCAUGGCAUCAAUUUCCUAGUAGACGAUACAAAAAAGAUAGUAAUUCAUUGCAGUGCAGGAAUAGGUAGAACUGGUACCACUUUAUCACUAAUGCAACUAAUUAUGCAUAUUAUUGCUUAAAAAGAAUAGAGGAAAAAUAUAGGCUCUUCUAAAUAUCCAAUAGUGCAAGUAUUCUCUACUGUGAGAAAAUUAAGAGAGCAACGAAUGUUUAUGGUUCAAACCAUAGAUUAGUAUAUUUUCAUUUACAAGUAUAUGAAAUAUUGGAUUCAAACAUACCUCAGCGAAUAUCCUAAAUGA